AUGCGUGUUGUCCCUGUACCCUGCCGUAGCGACAACUACGAGUACCUCAUCAUCGACGAGAAGACCAAGACGACCGCGGUUGUCGACCCCUUCGACCCGCCGAAGCUCCAGGCAGCCGCUGAGAAGGAGGGCGUCCGACUCGGACAGUUCUUGCUCACCACGCAUGGCCACCACGACCAUGCUGGCGGGAACGAGAAGACGACGCAGCUCUACCCGAACAUCAAGGUGUACGCUGGCGGCGAGAACGUCUCGGCUGUCACUGAAGUCCUGAAAGACGGCGACAAGUUCAAGAUUGGCGAGCUCGACGUUACGGCCGUGUAUACUCCCUGCCACACUCGCGACCACAUCUGCUACUACAUCGAGGACAAGGCAAAGAACGAGCGGGCCGUCUUCACCGGAGACACCCUCUUCAUCAGCGGUUGCGGUCGCUUUUUCGAGGGGGAGCCGCAGGAAAUGCACGUCGCCCUGAACGAGAAGCUCGCGUCGCUGCCGGACGAUACGAAGGUCUACUGCGGCCACGAGUACACGACCAGCAACGUUGCGUUCUCGAAGAAGGUCGACCCGGAGAACCCUGCCAUCCUGAAGCUCGAGCAGUUCUGCAAGGAGAACGACGUCACGACCGGCAAGAGCACGAUCGGCGACGAGAAGGAGUGGAACGUAUUCAUGCGCACCUCGAGCCCAGCCGUGCAGAAGGCGACGAACACGACCGAUCCGAUCAAGGCGAUGGGCGUCCUCCGCGAGAUGAAGAACAAGGGUUGA